AGGAUAGAUGAACGGAUAGAAAUUGAAGCUUUGAAGAAUCCUCAUCGUUUUAAUAAGGAGAAAGGUGUUGCCGGGAAACACUUUUACUACGAUUUCAUGCAAAGGCAUCCAGAUAUAUGGCUGAAAACACCUGAGUCGACGAGCAUGAUGCGAGCCAUAGGGUUUAACAAACCGCAAGUAGAUCUUCUUUAUGACAACUUGGAAAAGCUGAUGACAAAAUACAAAUUUCAACCUUCCAAUAUUUAUAACUGUGAUGAAACUGGAGUGAGCUGCGUGCAUAAACAUCAAAAAGUUUUUGCUCCGAACUCUGUACGUCAAGUAGGAAAGGUUACUUCUGCUGAAAGGGGCAAAAAUAUAACAGUUUUGUUUUGCAUGACUGUUAACGGCCACUUCAUACCGCCAUUUUUUGUAUUUCCUAGGCAAAGGAUGAAUGAUCGGCUCAUGAUUAAUGCUCCAGUCGAAAUCGUUGGCGUGGCCCAGCCAAAAGGCUGGAUGAAUAGUGAUUUUUUGCUACAAUGGUUGCAGCUAUUCGCGAAACAUUCACACCCGACGAAAGAGAGCCCUAUAAAAUAA